UAGGUUUCACAGAUGACUCGUUGGUUUCUGCUAUGUGUGCUGGGCUUGGUAGCAGUGCAGGGCUUCACUCAUACCGGCAUACCUGGGGGUCUGACCGUCAACAAACUUGCAGUUAGGGGCUGCAAGGAUGUGCCAAGACGUCCUCAAGUGGCUCUUAGAGCUCAUAGCAUGCAAAACCUCUUUGACGCAGCGUCUCUGAUGGCAGCUGAUGUCUCGGAAGCUGCAAACACCGUCGAUUCAUCUGCCGUUGAGCCUCAGUUUCCUGCUAUUGAGGUCCUUGGGCAGAACUUCGGAGGCACCGUCCUUCUCCUCGUCCCUGUCGUUGGUGCGCUAAUCAUCUUCUCUAUCCUCGCAUGGAUUAUCACCAACACCAUGUUCAUCCCGAAGGACAUGUUCAAAAACAAGUAGACUCGUUGGAAUCCUUGAUUGAAGUGUUUAUUCACAGAA